GGCAGAGGUGCCCGGCCUUCCUCCUCGUCCCUAUAAAGUGCGACUCCUUCCGGAUCGCCUUUCUUCCUCCUGUGCGCGGCCCUCUGCUUGCAGUGUGCGCCGCAGUCAAAACUUCUGUAUCAUCCACGGACACCCCUCGUCUCUCCUGACCUGCCAUGACCUCCACCAUCGAUCCGUCGACUAUCGGGAAGCCAACCAAGCAGGCUAAGGCGAGCCCGCGUAGGCACGUUCGAUCACUUACCGGCUUCACCCCGGAGAAAGACGCGAGUGGAAAGGAGAAGUGGCCCAUCGGAGAUGAAAAGGUCUGGAAGGAGGGCAUUCCGGGCUUGACCCAGGAUACCCCCGAAAUCACCAAGUCCGUCGUCCACCAUGUCCACACCUCGCUCGCGCGCCAGGCUUACAACCUCGACAACCUCGGUGCAUACCAAGCCGCUGCGCUCUCUGUGCGCGACAACCUCCUCGUGAACUGGAACGAUACCCAGCUGCAAUACUCGCGCAAGACGCCCAAGCGCGCGUACUACCUCUCGCUCGAGUUCUUGAUGGGCCGCACGCUCGACAACGCGCUCCUCAACCUCGGUUUGAAGGAUAAGUACCAGGACGGGAUCACCAAGCUCGGCUUCAACCUCGAGGAUCUCAUUGACCAGGAGCGCGACGCCGGCCUCGGAAACGGCGGCCUCGGCCGUCUAGCGGCGUGCUACCUCGACUCGUCCGCGUCCCAGGAGCUCCCCGUCUGGGGCUACGGUCUCCGAUACAAGUACGGUAUCUUCCAGCAGCACAUCGGGCCCGACGGCUCGCAGCUGGAGGCGCCCGACCCGUGGCUCGAGCACGACAACCCGUGGGAGCUCGCGCGGACGGACGUGACUUACCAGAUCCGGUUCUACGGACACUCGGAGCGCUUCGAGGGCAACAAGGGCAUCUGGUCGGGGGGCCAGGAGGUGCUCGCGAUCGCGUACGACGUCCCGAUCCCGGGGUAUGAGACGAAGACGACGAACAACUUGAGGCUCUGGGAGAGCAGGCCGAAGAGGGGCUUCGACUUGCAGAGCUUCAACGCCGGUGACUACGAGCGCGCGGUCGAGGCAUCGAACAGCGCGGAGGCGAUCACGUCGGUGCUCUACCCAAACGACCACACUACCUUCGGUAAGGAGCUCCGUUUGAAGCAGCAAUACUUCUGGACCGCUGCGUCCCUGGCGGAUAUCAUUCGCCGUUUCAAGAACACGGACAAGCCUCUCACCGAGUUCCCCGAAUACGUGUCCAUCCAGCUCAACGACACGCACCCGACGCUCGCGAUCCCCGAGCUCAUGCGCAUACUCGUCGACGAAGAGGACGUCCCAUGGGACCAGGCCUGGCAGAUCACUACCAAUACGUUCUUCUACACGAACCACACCGUCCUGCCCGAGGCCCUCGAGAAGUGGCCCAUCCCACUUCUGGAGAACCUUCUCCCUAGGCACUUGCAGAUCAUUUACGACAUCAACCUGGAAUUCUUGCAAGCCGUCGACAAGAAGUUCCCCGGCGACAAGGAGAAGCUCGCGCGCAUGUCCCUCAUCGAGGAGGGCUUCCCCAAAAACCUCCGCAUGGCUAACCUCGCGUGCAUUGGCAGCAGGAAGGUGAAUGGUGUCGCCGAGCUCCAUAGUGAGCUUGUCCGCGAGACAAUCAUGAAGGACUUUGUCGAUUUCUACGGCGUUAGCAAGUUCUCGAACGUCACGAACGGCAUCACUCCCCGUCGCUGGCUCGACCAGUGCAACCCCGGCCUCAGCAACCUCAUCAGCGAGACCCUGAAGAUUCCGAAAGCCGUGUUCCUCAAAGACCUCUACAAGCUCGAGGGUCUCCUCGAAUUUGUAGACAACCCCGCAUUCCAGAAGAAGUGGGCUGCCGUCAAGCAGAGCAACAAGGAACGCCUCGCGAAGCACGUCGAGGCUACGCUCGGCUUGAAAAUCAACACACGGGCCAUGUUCGACGUUCAGAUCAAGCGUCUGCAUGAGUACAAGCGUCAAACGUUGAACAUCAUGGGUGUCAUACACAGGUACCUUACGCUGAAGGACUUGUCUCCGGCUGAGCGCAAGAAAGUCAAUCCCAAGGUCGUCUUCUUCGCGGGCAAGGCUGCCCCUGGCUACUACAUCGCUAAGCUCACCAUCCGCCUGAUCGUGAACGUCGCGCGCGUCAUCAACAACGACCCCGACACCAAGGACAUCUUGAGCCUCUACUUCCUCCCCGACUACUCCGUCUCCCUCGCCGAGGUCCUCAUCCCCGCGUCUGACAUUAGUCAGCACAUCUCCACCGCAGGAACGGAGGCGUCAGGAACGUCGAACAUGAAGUUCUGUCUCAACGGUGGACUGCUUGUCGGCACUGUUGACGGUGCCAACAUCGAGAUCGCGGAGGAGGUCGGCGAGAGCAACGUCUUCUUCUUCGGUCACUUGACCCCGGCUGUUGAGGACCUCCGCUACCAGCACAUGUACCACCCUGUGCCCAUCGAGCAGAAGUGUCCGCCGCUUGCGCGCGUCUUGAAUGAGGUCUCGUCUGGACGCUUCGGCGAUGGUGGCGUGUAUGAGCCUCUUCUCAACACGAUCCGCCAGCACGAUUAUUACCUGUUGACGGAGGACUUCGACUCGUAUAUUCGAGCUCUCGAGCUCGUUGACGAGGCCUACCAGGAUCGCACGGAGUGGAUCAAGAAGAGUAUCCGGACGACCGCGAAGAUGGGCAAAUUCAGCUCGGACCGUGCUAUUCAAGACUACGCCCAGGAGUACUGGAACAUCGAGAGCACGAAGGUCGAGUGAACUUCGCUUCUCCCACGCGUCGUGCGGUUCAAGGUUGAGAUUUAGAGAACAACUAAAAUCCGUAUGUAUCAUAUUCGGCCGGGACAGUAUUUGCGCAGUAGUCGUCAAUGUUGUAACCAUCCAACGUGCAUCACUCUUGGAUCUUCUGUUAUAUCAAGCGGGAGUGUUACAUCACGGCAGACGGGUCCCUUCCUACGGUGGUCAUAGGAACGGGCAUGAACAGUAU